UCACGCCUGACGCCCGCAUACCACGAAGCUUCCAACAACCCAAUUGCAUUCCCCCACGAAUCCCAAAAUGCGAUUCCUCCAUCUCCUGCCGUCGCUGCUGCUAGCCGGCACGGCUCUCGCGGCUGAGAAACCCUGGUCUUUCAAGGACGCGACUGUCUCUGUGGUUGGGAAGGGUAGUCAGGGUACCUCUAAGGAAUCCCUCUCCCCCUCCAAGCCCCUCGCCAAACCCCUCGCCCUCGGCCCAGCAGGAACCCUCAAGCUCUCCCUAACCACCACCUCCACCACGCCCUCCCGCCCCCACCAAGCCUUCCUCACCCUCACCGACCCCACCACCGGCCUCUCCACCUCCUUCGCCCUCCAAACCCGCACCACCGGCUCCGCAACGCUCGAGCUCCCCUACGCCUCCCUCCCCUCCGCACUCCUCUCCUCGCCCUCCCUCUCCGCCUCCCUCGUACUCGGUUCUUUCGGCUCUGCUCCGGCGUCCGAGACUCAACUCUUCAACAUCGCACUCAGCGCCGACGAGACUCUCGCGCAGGAAAUCGAGAAGCCAGUCCGCUACGGGAAGUUGGGCGAGAUCCACCAUAUUUUCGCCCCCGAGCAGAGUAGCCCACCCAGGGUGAUAAGUGUCUUCUUCGCCCUCGCGGUACUUGCUACGCUCCCCGUGGUGGUGGGUGCGUGGGCGCUAGCGGGCGGGAAUGCGGGACAUGUUGGUACAGCGCUUGCUGCGGCGCCGGUGAGCCAUGGGUUGUUUUUUGGGAGUCUGGUGGCGAUGGAGGGGGUGUUUGCUAUGUAUUAUUUUAGUUGGAGGUUGUUUGAGGUGCUGCCGCUUGCCGGGGUGGUGGGGGCGGUGGCGUUUGUGAGUGGGAGUAAGGCGUUGAGUGAGGUGCAGGCGAGGAGGGUGAGGGGGGAGAGGUGA